GUGCUUCCAGCCUGCUUUGGAAUGCCAAAAGGCUUGCACGUCGCUUUCGCCAACAUACUUUUACACUGAGGUGUGUGUGUUGCAAGGGGCCAGAGGGGUACUCGGAGAAGCGGCCCGACCGGUUCUCCUGGUUGCAUCGCAGCUCCUCGGCAUUUAACUGGCAGAUCGGUGGCACGCUUGUGACAGAAGCAGAGGGACACGCUGACAGGGACACUUCUUUCCUCCCCGGGCGUAUAGUUGGAGGCGUCUUUGGCACACAACACGCGGGCGGAACAUCUUCCAUGCUAUGUGGGUCUAAAGACGUGCACGAAACAAUGAGUCAGGACAGCGUGAGCGUUUUUUCUGGAGUGGGCAUUAACGGCAUGCCGGCCGGUGUUGGAAGCGGCGUCUUGGAGAAAGGCGGCGACGUCGUUGCGGCCGCGUUAAGCCAAAAUCACCUGGAGAACGAUCAAGUGCAGAACAUUCUGAAGGUUCUCCAGCCGUAUGAUGACAACCUGAGUGUGGCCACCAAGAAGGGAUUCAAUGUCAACGACGGCCUCGGCGCGCUGAGAUUAAACUCUCAAGACUCAGCAGAGAUUUCCAGUGGGGACUUGAUCAUGAAGACGGGUCUGGAUGUACCAGCCAAGAAAACUGUCUCUUCUCUUGAUAGAUUGAGAGAAAAGUUAAAUGCGGCUCAGGGCUUCAGGAGUGAAUUAAACGGUCCAGCGUUGAACGACCUCCCAUAUGGCAAUCUAAAUAAACCAUCAACGGAUGCGAGGGCAGAGUAUACAUUACCUAGUCUAGCAAAGGCUGGACCAGACCUUAAUGGCACCCUGGCAGCACCCCUUGUUAGUUUGGCAACUCCACAACUUAACGGUCACAAUGCUUCGCUUGGCAUUGACGGAUCCGCUGUGCAGAAAGAAACCCUGAAGUACGACGCACCACCGUUUAGAAUGCCCAAAUUUGAUCUACCUCAGGUCCAAACACCAGAGGUAGAUGGUGAACUACACCUCCCCUCUGUUCAUAACGAAAUAGACCUCAAUCUGCCUUCACCAAAAUUAGACCUUACAAGCCCAAAUGCAGCUCUGAAUGGACCAAAACUGGAUUUAAGGGGACCUGAUGUUGACCUACAAGCCCCUAAAGCUGACCUCAGUCUAUCUCCAGAUAAAAUUAAAUGGCCCCACUUAAAAUGGAAAGGUCCAAAGGUGAAAGGACCGGAGGCUGCACUAAACGCUGACCUCCACACACCGAAUCUAAGCACACCAGACAUUCACUUACCCAAAGGUGAGCUCAAAGGCCCUUAUGCAGAUGUUCAAGCUCCAAAUCUGGACUUGGGUGCCCCAUCUGGAAAAAUAAAUUGGCCUCAUUUGAAGUGGAAGAAGCCCAGACUUCAUGGCACUUCAUUCGAUGCAGAACUAAACUCACCAGACCUGGAUGUCUCUGUCCCGGGACUUAAGGGUGGGAUAAAAGCACCAGAUGUUGAUGUGAAUUUGCCCAAGGCUGACCUUAAAGGUCCGGAUCUCGACAUACAACGACCACAUUUGGAAGCACCAUCUGGUAGAAUCAACUGGCCUCACCUAAAAUGGAAGAAACCAAAAGUAAAGGGUCCAAAGGCAAACUUAGACAUUGAUGCAGGCCUGAAAACACCAGAAUUAUUAACUCCAAAUUUGGAGAGUGACAUUAAUGGGCAGCUGAGACUCCCAACAGCUGACGUUAAAGGUCCCAAUUUAGAUGUUGACACCCCAAACCUUGACAUUGACAGUCCAUCUGGUAAAAUUAACUGGCCUCCCUGGAAGUGGAAGAAACCCAUAGUACCUGACCCUAAAGUUGAUAUGGACCUCAAAACAGACCUAAGCUCCCCGGAUGUCGAUUUGUCUAUUCCGAGCAUUGAGGGUGGCAUCAAUACACCAGAUCUCAAUUUACCUAGAGCAGAUAUUGAUAUUAAUACACCAAAUGUUGACAUUGGGGCCCCCUCUGGCAGAAUCAAGUUCCCAACACUGAAAAAGCCUAAGUUUAAUUUUUCUGGACCCCAUCUAAAAACACGGAGUGUUGACCUAGAUACUGACCUGAGAACCCCAGACCUCAACUUGUCUGCUCAAAAGUUGCAACUUAAUGGACCUGAUCUGAAUUUACCCAACGCUGACGUGGAUGGUAAAGUGCCUGAUCUAGAUGCAUCUGGAAAGAUCAAAUGGCCCACCUUCAAGAAGCCAAAAUGGUCAGUCUCGGGUCCAAAGGUUAAUGGGCCAGAUAUUGAUGCUAACGUUUCUACACCUGACCUGAAUCUCACAGGUCCAACGAUUGAUGGUGAGAUAAACACAUCGGAUUUAAAACUCAACUCACCAAAAGCUGAAUUGGACGAACCCAAUUUAGACAUUAACGCUGAUGCUCCAUCUGGUAUAUUCAAAUGGUUCAAGAAGCCCAAGAUUGGCACAUUAAAAGGUCUUUCAUCUGAUGUUGAUGCUGAUCUCAAGCUACCAGAUUUGGAUCUGACUGUACCGGAUGCAAAUUUGAAAGCACCGCAUGUUGGUCUUUCAACACCAACAAUUGAAGUGCCGGACCUCAGCGGUGAUCUUAAAAGUCCUCAUGUAGAUCUUCACGCUCCCGAUCUUAACUUGGAGCAGGGUGAUGCUAAAGCGGUGUUUCCAAAAAUAAACUUCCCAAAGUGGCCAAAAGUCAAGGACCCUCAACUGGAUACCAAUUUACCCAAUGUAGAUAUUGAUGGACCCGAUGUAGAUCUAAAAGCUCCUAAUUUACAAGGUAGUCUUGGUACACCUGAUAUUGACCUUGGUAUACCAAAAGGCAAUCUCCAAACUCCAGAGCUUGAUGUGUCAACUAGAAGGCCUACAUUUCCCAAGAUACAAUUGCCAAACCUUUCAGGACCAAAGAUAGAAAAGCCUAAUCUUGAUGUUGAUGCUGAUUUCAAGGGGCCAAAUGUGGGUUGGAGUGCACCAGAUGUGGAUCUGAGUGCACCACACGUUGGUCUUUCAACACCAAAAAUUGAUCUUCCAGCCCUUAAUGCUGUUCUCAAAAGUCCUCAAGUGGAUCCCGAUCUAAACUUACCAACUUUUUUAGGGCCAAAGUAUGAAAACCCUAAUCUUGUUGCUGAUCUGAAGGGGGCAGAUUUGGAUUUGAGUGCGCCACGUGUUGGUCUCUUGUCCAAUUCAAAUCUUAAAGGCAUGGAUGCAUCAUUAAAAACACCAGAUCUAAACUUCGAUUCCCAGCAGGGCGACUUUCAGUUGCCUCAUUAUAAACUCCCAAACCUUGAUCUUUCAAGUCCUGAAGUAGAGUUUCCCGGUGUUCAUCCCUCUAUUCAGGCUGGAAUGGAGACACCCAAGGUCAACAUUGGAACCCCUAAAGCAGAUGCAAACAUCUCCGCUCCCACUGUAGAUGUAAGUGGUUUAAUGAUAACGGGGGACCUCAAAGGACCACAAGUAGAUAUGGCAGCUCCAAAGUUAGACGCUAAUCUGGAAAAGCCUAAAUUUCCACAUAUGAAGUUUCCCAAAAUGAGUUUCUCUGGACCAAAAACUAAAACUCUGGAGGUUGAUACCAGUCCAAAACUGUCUCCCGUCACAGUCUCUGCCCCAGAAAUCAACACACCUGGACUACAAAUCAAAGCUGGGGGAGAUGCUGAAGUUAAAGGUUCCCCAAAAAGUAAAUUGAAAUGGCCCUUUAAGUGGGGAUUCAAGUCCAGCUCAGACAUGACUGAUGACGAGGGUCCUAACGUUCCCGUAUUCAGACUACACAGCCUGCCCAACAAUGCCUUUGAAGAAAAAGAAGGAAUUCCCAAUACCUUUGGCCAAUCAAAACUCGAGAACGAGGCAAAGGAUUAUAUUAUUAGCAAAGGAAUCCGUUUACCAGUCGUGAACGUACCGUCAAGAAACGGAGAGAAGAUUGACAUCAUGGAGAGGCUGAGGAUGGCAAAGGAAAAAGUUCCCUCGACUAACGUUUCCCCGACCGAAGACAAGAACCUCACCCUGAAGAUUCCCGCUCCGGAUCUUGACGCCACGAGGGCUUCCACACUAGCAGAAGAACCUAAUUUAUUCAGAGGAGGCACUUUCAAAGUGGACAAACCGCUGUCUCCUUUGGGUUUGUUUGCUCCUGAGGUUUCUUCCUCGGACGAAAAUGACAAAUUAUCUUUAAGCCUCUCCAACAUGCUGGGCCUCAAUGUAGAAUAAUCCGAUGUCGACUGCUAGGUCGAAGAAAGCAUUCGGCAAGAGUUGUCUCUAUAAAGUAUGUGUAUAUUCCUGUUAUUUAUACAUGCGUUUAUACUUUUCCAUGUGUACUGCAUUUGAUGAUGCUUCUGAAAAGUGACAUAUUUUACCUUUUAAGUUAAUUGAGUAUUUGUUGAAUAAAAUAUCAUUUAUUUCUCACUCA